GCAGGACACGUCUCAGCCCGCCGCCGUCGCCCAGCACGUGCGCCCACUUGCGUCAGCGCGCCCGGAAGUGCCUAAGCGGCGAUCAUGGCGGCUUCCGCGGCCGGCCUGGGUGGCGGUGCGGGCCCCGGGCCUGAGGCCGGGGACUUCCUGGCGCGCUACCGCCAGGUGUGCAACAAGCUGAAGAAGCGGUUCCUGCGGAAGCCUAACGUGGCGGAGGCCGGCGAGCAGUUCGGCCAGCUGGGUCGCGAGCUGCGCGCACAGGAGUGCCUGCCGUACGCGGCCUGGUGCCAGCUGGCCGUGGCCCGCUGCCAGCAGGCGCUCUUCCACGGGCCCGGGGAGGCGCUGGCGCUGACCGAGGCCGCGCGCCUCUUCCUGCGGCAGGAGCGCGACGCGCGCCAGCGCUUGGCCUGCCCCGCCGCCUACGGGGAGCCGCUGCAGGCCGCUGCCGCCGCCCUGGGCGCCGCCGUGCGCCUGCACCUGGAGCUAGGCCAGCCGGCUGCCGCCGCCGCGCUCUGCCUCGAGCUGGCGGCCGCCCUGCGCGACCUGGGCCAGCCGGCCGCCGCCGCCGGCCACUUCCAACGCGCCGCGCAGCUGCAGCUGCCCCAGCUGCCCCUGGCCGCCCUGCAGGCGCUCGGCGACGCCGCGUCCUGCCAGCUGCUGGCGCGCGACUACAGCAGCGCCCUGGCGCUCUUCACGCGCAUGCAGCUCCUGGCGCGGGAGUACGGCAGCCACCCGGUGCCGCCGCCGGGGCCGCAGCCCCCGCCGCAGCCGCAGCCCAAGCCGCCGGCGCCGCAGCCCGGGGCCGGCGCGGCCUCCGCCCCACCGCUCGCGCUGCUCCUGCCCGGCGCGGGGGCCGCGGCCGCGGCCGCGCCCUCCCCCGCCGCGCUGGGCGCCUUCGCCGACGUGCUGGUCCGCUGCGAGGUGUCCCGCGUGCUGCUGCUGCUGCUCCUGCAGCCGCCGCCCGCCAAGCUCCUGCCGGAGCACGCGCACACCCUGGAGAAGUACUCCUGGGAGGCCUUCGACGGCCACGGGCAGGACAGCAGCGGCCCGCUUCCCGAGGAGCUCUUCCUGCUGCUGCAGUCCUUGGUCAUGGCCACCCACGAGAAGGACACGGAAGCCGUCAAGUCGCUGCAGGUGGAGAUGUGGCCCCUGUUGAGCGCCGAGCAGAACCAUCUCCUGCACCUCGUUCUGCAGGAAACCAUCUCCCCGUCGGGCCAGGGGAUCUGACGAGUCCCUCCCAGCGACUCUGUGCCUGUCCCCGAGCCUCACGCACCCGCCUGCGCGUUUACGGGGACACAAGAGGCGUUGACCCGGCGCUUCUGCCUUUGCAGUGUAUCUUACCCAUGUUGCCACCAGAGGAAUGUGGUUGACUACAAGUUACGUUGUUUCCACAAUAGUGGCAGAAAAAAAACCAUAUGGUAGAAUCGGAGUAGAGUCUCCCAUUCUCUUCCCCAGAAACUGCAACAGAACCAUGAGAGUCCCUUCCGCCCCCUUUCCUCUUCUGUUUUCACCCAACUGUCCCCACCCACCCCUCUUCCCCCGCAAGGCUCCCCUCCCCCCGCGUCCUUCUUUCCGACUGAGGGUUAAUUUGCACAGCUCUGGCUCGCUACUUAAGCUGCAUGAUUUUUUCAC